GCUGACUCCUGUUUGUUCAGUGCCUUUCCAGCCUCCCCACAGUGCUGGUCUCCACCUCAAGCUCAGCAGAUAUGUCCAGCCUUCAGAUGCUGUGCUCUGGCCUGCCCUUGUGGCCCCUCCCACAGAACCAGGGACGCUGGGCUGGAGUGCCACAUGCCCCUGUCAGGACCCCCAACCUCAGUCCUGCAGAAGAGCAGCUGGCGCUGAGGAAUGCCCUGCGCUACUUCCCACCUGACAUCCAGGAACUGCUAGCCCAAGAGUUUGCCCAGGAGCUGCGACUGUACGGACACAUCUACAUGUAUCGGUUCUCUCCCAGCAUUGAAAUGAGGGCCUACCCAAUUGAGCAGUACCCUUGCCGGACAAGAGCUGCUGCAGCCAUCAUGCACAUGAUCAUGAACAAUCUGGAUCCUGCUGUAGCCCAGUUUCCCCAGGAGUUGGUGACCUAUGGUGGAAAUGGGCAGGUGUUCAGCAACUGGGCUCAGUUCUGGCUGACCAUGUACUACUUGUCGAAGAUGACUGAGGAGCAGACUCUGGUUAUGUACAGUGGACACCCACUAGGCCUCUUUCCCAGCAGCCCUGGUGCCCCGAGGCUGGUCAUCACCAAUGGGAUGGUCAUCCCCAACUACUCCUCCAGGACAGAAUACGAGAAGCUCUUUGCCUUGGGAGUCACAAUGUACGGCCAGAUGACAGCAGGUAGCUACUGCUACAUUGGUCCCCAGGGAAUCGUCCAUGGCACAGUGCUCACUGUGCUGAAUGCUGCACGUCGGUACCUGGGCGUCGAGGACUUGGCUGGAAAGGUCUUUGUCACCUCUGGCCUUGGCGGGAUGAGUGGAGCUCAGGCCAAGGCUGCAGUCAUCGUGGGGUGCAUUGGUGUGAUAGCCGAGGUUGAUAAAGCAGCUCUUGUAAAACGCCACCAGCAAGGCUGGCUGAUGGAAGUGACUGAUAGCUUGGACCACUGCAUUGGGAGACUCAGAGAAGCAAGGAAAAACAAGGAGGUGCUUAGUCUUGGUUACCAUGGGAAUGUAGUGGAUCUUUGGGAGCGCCUCGUCCAUGAAUUGGACACCACAGGAGAACUCUUGGUGGAUCUGGGGUCAGACCAGACAUCUUGCCAUAACCCAUUUAAUGGUGGUUACUACCCUGUGCAACUCAGCUUUGUUGAGGCCCAGCGCCUCAUGGCUUCCAACCCACCUGCUUUCAAGGACCUAGUGCAAGAAAGCCUAAGGAGGCACAUCUCAGCCAUCAACAGGCUGGCCAAAGAAAAUUUCUUCUUUUGGGACUAUGGCAAUGCCUUCCUUCUGGAGGCACACAGAGCAGGAGCAGAUGUGGCAAAGAAGGAUGCUAAAAAGAUGGAAUUCCGCUACCCCUCUUAUGUCCAGCACAUAAUGGGGGACAUAUUCUCCCAGGGAUUUGGGCCUUUCCGCUGGGUGUGUACAUCGGGAGACCCCCAGGACCUGGCUGUCACUGACCAGUUGGCUGCAUCUGUGCUGGAGAAAGCCAUUGCCGAUGGAGUGAAGGCAUCUGUGAAACUGCAGUAUAUGGACAAUAUCCGCUGGAUCCGAGAAGCUGCCAAGCACCAGCUGGUUGUCGGCUCCCAGGCGAGGAUCCUGUAUUCAGACCAGAAGGGCCGCGUGGCCAUCGCUGUGGCCAUUAACCAAGCCAUUGCCAAUGGAAAAAUCAAGGCCCCAGUGGUUCUGAGCCGAGAUCACCAUGAUGUAAGUGGCACUGACAGCCCCUUUAGAGAGACUUCCAACAUAUAUGAUGGCUCUGCCUUCUGUGCAGACAUGGCGGUCCAGAACUUCGUGGGAGAUGCCUGUCGCGGAGCCACCUGGGUUGCACUUCACAAUGGAGGGGGCGUGGGCUGGGGUGAGGUGAUCAAUGGGGGAUUUGGCCUCAUGCUAGAUGGAUCCCCAGAGGCUGAGUACAAGGCCAGGAUGAUGCUCAGCUGGGACGUCUCCAAUGGUGUGGCCCGGCGCUGCUGGUCUGGGAAUCCAAAGGCCUAUGAGAUCAUCUGUCAGACGAUGCAGGAGAAUAGUGGUUUAGAAGUAACACUCCCCCAUGAUGUGACAGAUGAGUGCAUGCUCCAGCAAGCCCUGCAACCCUGAGAGGAAUCCAGCAGCCAGCUGCAGUCCUUUGUCUCCCUUCUUCCCUUGGCUUUCCUCGUCCUCUUUACCUCUACACACCUUCUCCUACACUGUGGAACUUUGCACACAAGCCCUGUGUGGCCCUCACAGCACUCUAGAUGGGCCCCAUUGUACAGGCAAGCCCCAGAGAAGUGAUGCCACUUGUCCAGGCAUCACCUUAACCACUUGACUAGGACCCCUGGUGGGGGUAGGGCAUGUCUUGCUCAGGGCCAAGUCCUUAAGCCUCCUAUGGGGUGGACACUAACUGUAGGAUGACUGCCAUAAACUGGCUAACCUGGGAACCAACCAGUCUUUCCUAAGCUCCAUAAGUUCUUUUUGGGUUUUAUCACAUCAUGCUACUACUUGUCUACCUGCUGACCACUGCUGCUCUCUUGUCUGCCCAGUUAUCUGUUCUUUAGCACCCCAGGAUUGGGAAUAAAAAGAAAGAGCCUAGGGAGGAAGAUAAAUAGGAAAUAAAGGAAAAAUUAAAAAAUAUAUGCCUCACAUCCUGGCAGAGUGGGAGUGGGCUGGUGGGAGGUAGCAGCUUGGUGCCGCAGGAAGAGGGAUCAUUUGCUAAGGAAAUAAGGGGAGAGGAGGACACAGGAGUGUUUAUUGAAAUCUGGAUGUCCUGAAGGAACUACUUUGGUCCUUUACUGGGGGCUUGGUUGGGCCCUCCAACUCCCUAAAAUGAGUGUACAGCAAGGUAUUAAAUAAAAAAGACAAUGUGAUACGAUUGGGGGAGUCCACAGAGGUCAGAACUCUCUUGGAACUAAAACAGAGACUUCUCUGAAUUGCCCAUAUGUAUUGGCCCAUAUUUAUUGGAUUUCAGGCAAGUUUAAGGGUAUAAGGGAAAGUUAAGGGAAAAGCUGAGGUAAAGGUGUGAAACUGAGCAAGACCUUGAGAAAUUAGAACAGAGACUUUUCUAGCAGUAAAUUUUGCCAAUUAAGAGAAUUGUCUUAUCUUUAAGGUUGACAGUUACUGUCCUGGAAUUGGAAUAAGUCAAAUGCCAACAUCUGUGGCUUUAAGAAUUGGAGAGUCAAAUGUCCAAAGGUGUUACAGUGUCACAGACCAAUACAGGCCUCUACUGUGACUGUUGGUUUGGAGAUUUGCACUUACUGCAUGCUAGCUGCCAUCUCUUUUGGCAAGUCACCUAGGCCUAGAACAGACUCAUAAGUAAAUGUAGAAAUCCAACUGAUUAAUUCUCAAUCCUGCUCAGAGCCACUUCAUAGUGGUUCCAAAAGUUCCUAAUGUUAGAAUCUUGCACCUGUCUCCUAAUCCCCAAAUAUUAGCUAUAGCUGGACCCAGAGCCUCCACCUCUCUAUCUUGGAGAACAGAUCCAAGAUAAAGAUCCAGAAAAAGGGAUUAUGUAGCCAUACUUCCACGCCUUCAUUUUGAAGAUGGCACUUACUUACCAUUCCCUGCCCUCAGAGCCCUUUUGCAUCCCUGACUCAUGGUUGUGUUAUGCUCCUUCACCCAGACUUAUCGUUCCCUCAUAGUACUCCAUGCUUUCCCCUGAAUUGUGUCUGGAUUUAGGAGGAAAGCACAAGGUUGAUGGGUGAGGAGAGAGUAGGAAGAACACUCCCCCAGAGAAAGCACUGACUCCAGCCCCAGAGGUGGCCACGCUGGAGUGGGGCUCUUCCCUGUGUUUGUCUCACACCAUGAUGGGGACCAGGCUGAACCCUGUGUCUUUUCCAGAGUAGUUAACUUUGGGGUCCACCAACACCUACCAUCCAGGAUAGGCAAUGAAUGGCCUCAUCCUGUCAUGGGACUAGGCCUCAGAGAUAAGGAUAAGGUUACUCUGUCCUUGUCCUGAGCAGCCAGUGGCACAGGACCCUUUCCUUUGGAACUAAUUAUGUUUUAUCAAUGAGAAAACAGCCCUCAAAAUUUUAGUUUGAUACUAUUGGAGAGAGAUUAUAGAAGCUCUUAAGUAGCUUUGCAUUGGCAUAAUAAACUGUGAGUUACUUAACUUGGAAAGAGAAAAGAUUUACUUUGGCUUAUGGUUCUGGAUGUUCCAGUUCCAUAUCAGGUAGCUCUAUAGCUUUGGACCUCUAGCAAGAGUGGUAGGCAUAAUAGCAGGGAGUAUAUGGCAGAGAAAACCGCUCAUAUCAUGAUCCAAGGAGCAAAGAGAAAAAGGAUAGACCACAGCCCCACAAGUACCCCACUCGAUUUGACUUCUGUGUUAUAAAUGAGGCAAGUCUUGCUUAGACCCUUGCAGUGGCCUCAUAUUUAGCCUCCAUCCCUCCAUUCUUAUCCUAUUUCUAUUUUGGAGACUCUGCUUUCAGGGAGAUCACUGCAAAAUGCAAUGUCAGUAUGUAACACCUUUGCCUAAAAGCCACAAUGGUUCCUCUAACCCUUGCUGGAUCCCCACACCCAGAUAUAGAUGAGGACUCUCAUAUGGCAGGGCUCCUUGGAGACUGUGAAGCCAGCAAGGAGACAGAGGAAGACCUGGAACAGGAGGUCCACGAGGAGCCACAAAGGCGAGCAGUCACACAGAACAAGCAAGAUACCAUCUUCCAAAUCUCAACAAGGCUAACUCCACCUGCUGGAAAAAUUUUCUAAUAUAUAUAUAUAUAUAUCACUCUUGAAAAGGAAGAAAAAAUAGAAGAGGGUAAUAUUAUUAUUACUAAUAAGAGUUUUCAAUAAAAUUAUUUUCUUUUUA